ACUAGGAGCUUUGCUGCUGGCCAGCUUCCCAGACUCUGUAACUACAAACAUGACACACCACGAGCCUGAAAGCAGAGAAACGAAACUCAGGCUUUCAUUCCUCUGCAGGCAGACACAAUGGCAGAUGAGAGUCCAGUCCAGAAUCUCUGCGAUGAAACGAAGUGCCCCAUCUGCCUGGAGUAUUUCAAAGAUCCGGUGAUCAUCGGCUGCGGGCACAACUUCUGCCAGGCCUGCAUCACCCAGCGCUGGAAAGAGCCUAACAAAGAUGCUCUGUGCCCUCAGUGCAGGGAACCUUGUCAGCAAAGGAGCUUCAGGCCAAACCGGCAACUGGCGACUAUUGCAGAAAUAGCCAAGCAAUUCAGUCUUCAGAUGGCCAAAGGGGCAGAAGUGUUGGGACGAGUCUGUGAGAUACAUCUGGAGCCCCUGAAACUUUUCUGUGAAAACGACCAAGCUCUCAUCUGUGUGGUUUGUGACAAAUCCCAAGAGCACAGGGAGCACAAGGUGAUUCCUAAGGAGGAGGCUUUUGAAGCAUACAAGGGUAAAAUUCAGAGUCAUUUGAAGUUCCUGAUCAAGGAGGAACAAAAAUGUCUCUCUUCUAUAUUGAGUCAGCAGACUGAAAGCAAGAAUCUGCUGGAGCAGACAGAAAAGGAAAGGCAAAAAAUCACGGCCGAAUUUAUGCAACUGCACCAAUUUCUGGAACAACAAGAGAAGCUGCUGCUGGUUAAACUGAAAAACCUGGAUGAUGAGAUAGAAAACACCAGAAAGAAACAGCUUGCCAAACUCUCCGAUGACAUUUCUGCCAUAAAACACCUGAUCAAGGAGAUGAAGGAAAAACAGAAGCAGUCGGCAAAUGAAUUCUUGCAGGAUAUCAAAGUUACAUUACAAAGGUGUGAUGAGAAGAAAUGUGUGGGUCAAAUAGUUUCUCCUCUUGAAUUUUCUGUAUUAAGGAAACAAAUUGAGAAGAUUGCCAAAAAGCUUCCUUUUUUUCAGGAUGUCAUGAAGGGUAUCAAAGCAAAAUUGGCUGGAGCAGAAAUCAUGGCACUUCCCACAGUAGGCCUCUCAAUGGAUAGCCAAGAAACAACCCAAUCAAUGCUUCAACAAUUGUGGAAUACAUAUGGAUAUGCCCGGGCUUCCAGAGAUAUCAACCUAUUGAGUUGCUGGACCUACAUUAUAGGAACAGAGAGAAUAACCUCAGGGCGCCAUUCUUGGGUAGUGAAUGUGGAGAAUGAACGGUUCUGGGCUGUGGGGGUGGUAAAACAGUCCUUAAGGCAUUACAGAGGUUCACAAAAUCGGAUCUUCGCUCUAGGCAGGUUCCCAAACGGAGAACAAAACAUAUUCAUUUCUCCUCAAGUAUCUCUGGGCUCAAACCCCUCUUCCACUUCUCAAAUUGUCUUUCCUCUGGAUGUUAUGCCAAAGAAGGUCCGUGUGUCCUUGAACUGUGAAGAAGGAUCAUUGGCCUUUUUUGAUGCUGACAACAGCAUCAUCAUUUACACUUUUUGGAAUAACUUGUUCCCUAGGGGGACAAUUUGUUCUUGGCUCAGUUUGGGAAAAUGAGAUGAGUUUGAUGAUUGGUACAAAUUCAGUUUUGCAGUGGCAAAACACAAAUCUGUCAGUUUCAGUUUCUCCCACAGUCAAUUAAAAAACACCAAAAAAAGAACUCAAGUUCCUUUUGUCUCUAAUAUGGAGAAAUUUAUGAAUUUUAAUAAAAAUGAAUUGAAACAAAAUGAGUGCUGAUCCCCCCAAUUAUGGAAUGAUCGCCUUGAUGAGGCUUGCCUGGCGCCAACAUUGUUAUCUUUUCGGCGCCAAGUUAAGAUUUUCUCUUCUCUCAGGCCUUUGCUAGACCUACCUCUAAAUCCGGGCAUGAGGAGGGGCGAGCCCGCAAUGCAAGUAUCGCGGGCUGUUGCUCUAAUCCACACGUCAGGAAAGCCCCAUUGCGCCCGACAUUUUAUUUUUGGUUUAAUGGGGCCGCUGCGCACGAAUGCUGGAGUGGCAAGGGUGAGUUUUUUUAAUAUAUAUAUAUAUUUGGCCACUGCCCCCACCUUGCCCUGAUCUCCCCACCCUGCCCCUGCUCUCCCCACCCUGCCCGGAUGGGCACAGCUUCUCCCGGCUCCGAAUUCAAGUAAUCGCCGAAGCUGGAAGAAGCCAUGGAAUGGGCCACACGCUCGUGGUCUCAGGCUCAGCCCGAGACUGCAGGAAAUAUCAGGCUACAAGCGGUGCCCAUUAUCCCAGGGCAAGGGAGGGUUCAUCCCUGCCUGAGCCCGGGAUCCCCUGUGCAUCAUCUGGAUGCACAGGGGCGAUCCCGGGUAUCAGCCCGGGAUAACCCCUCGUCUAGCUAAGGCCUCAGGCAGUUAACAACAUAUUGUGAAUUUUUAAUUGACCCCAGAAUAGUUGUUUUAAAUCAAUAUUGUUUUUAAAUCAAUAUUGUUCUUAUGCUUUUGAUGGUUUUAAAUUUUUGUAUAUCUGUUUUUAAUGUCCAUUAUUUUUAACUUUUGUAAACCGCCCAGAGAAGCUUCAGCUGUGGGGCAGUAUAGAAUCACAGAAUCAUAGAAUAGCAGAGUUGGAAGGGGCCUACAAGGCUAUCGAGUCCAACCUCCUCCUCAAUGCAGGAAUCCACACUAAAGCAUAAAUUUAUAUAAAGCAUAAAAGGUAUAUAAAUGUAAUAAAUAAAUAAAUAAAUAAAUAAAUAAAUAAAUCUGCGUGAGGAAAAGCAUGAUUUUCUGGCUGUUGUGAUGAAUGAAUCACAACUUCAGUAAUGUCCAGGUUUUCUCCUCUUGGCAAGAGUCUGAAAAAGAUCAUGAGCUGCUUGGAAGGAGGCUGGUUCCAUUUUAGGAUUGCCCACCAGCACCUGUUUCACUAAUCUAGGCUGACCAUAUGAAAAGGAGGACAGGGCUCCUGUAUCUUUAACAGUUGCAUAGAAAAGGGAAUUUCAGCAGGUGUCAUUUGUAUAUAUGGGGAACCUGGUGAAAUUUCAUCUUCAUCACAACAGUUAAAGCUGCAGGUGCCCUGCCCUCUUUUAAAUCUGGUCACUCUGGUAUAGCUCCUACGGCUUUAACUGUUGUGAUGAAGAAGGAAUUUCACCAGGUUCUCCAUAUAUACAAAUGACACCUGCUGAAAUUUCCUUUUCAAUACAACUGUUAAAGAUACAGGAGCCCUGACCUCCUUUUCAUAGGGUCACCCUUACUAAUCAGGACACCCACUCCACCCUUGCAUAUGAUGCCGUCCAUGCAUUUCUAAAAGCAUGCUUUAAAAGGCUGCUUUUAUUUUGAAGAAAAAGGCACGCUUAGGAGCCCCAAUCCGGAAUGUUUUCUCAUUGUAGAUCGGCAACAGUCACUCAGAUCAGGCUUUAGCCUUAAGGAAACCCACAGGAUCCUCGUGAUGGCAAGAACAGAAAUAAAGAGAAACAUAAAACCUUUUAAAUUAGCCAAGCUGCAAAGUCACAUGAGGUGGUGUGCUAGGUUGGAAAACAAAAGUUAAUAGAGGCCAAAUUGGGAGGCAGCUUUAACUGGUGAAGAGGGAAGUUCACCAGGUGCUGCAUGCAUGCCUGAAUCUCCAUAUAUACAAAUGACACCUGUUGAAAUUCCCUUUACUAUGCAACUGAUAAAGAUACAGGAGCCCUGUCCUCCUUUUCAUAUGGUCACCCUAUUUAUAAGUUAUUUUAGUAAGUUGGGGUAAUAAUAUACAUUUUAUGGGCAGCUGACAUCAGUAGAUCCUGAAUCCAAUAGCAAAUAUUUGGGGGUUUGUUUGCUUUCUGGUUUUGUAGAAUAAGGAUGCAAUCCCUAGCAUUUUUUCUAAGAAAAUCAUGCAAAGUAAAGUGCUAUCACCUUUUUGAUUUUCAUGAUACAUACAUGAAAUUUGUAGGAAUUAGAGCACCCUUUAAAGUGUUCAUUCCUGCCCAAUGCCAGACAGAUAGGUAGGGUGACCAUAUGGGCUCCUGUACCUUUAGCAGUUGUAGAGAAAAGGGAAUUUCAGCAGGUGUCAUUUGUAUACAUGCAGCACCUGGUGAAACCAGAUACAAAAGAGGACAUGGCUCCUGCAGCUUUAACUGCUAUGGUGAGGGAAUUUCACCAGGUGCUGCAUGCAUACAAAUGACACCUGCUGAAAUUCCCUUUUCAAUCCAACUGUUAAAGAUACAGGAGCCCUGGCCUCCUUUCCAUAUGGUCACCCUAUGAUAGAUCCAGUAUUUUUGUGUGUGCAAGCAAAAGGUAAAAUUUGCUUUUUUCAGAGAAAUCACUCAAAGCAAAGAGUUAUAAUCAGAACCAUUUUAAAGCCUUAAAGUGACAAUUAGGAUGUAGCUAUUCCUAAUCUGUCUGGUGUAUGUUUUUAAAAUGCAAAUAUACCUCUCUCCUCUAAUCUACUUUUCUUUUGUCUGUUUUGAAUCGAUCACUGAAGCUGUCUCUAAAUAAGUGAUAUAUGGUACACUCAUGAAUGGCCACUCAUUGAAGUUUGGGGGUCAAUUUCAUGAUGUUGUCUUCAGGCAGGACAUCUCCCGCCCUUUCCCCCCUUAUCACACUGACCAAAACCACAGAGAUACAGCUUUAGAAAUCCAUCAAGUCACCUUGUUUGUAUUGAAGGCAUUGCACCAUAAUUACACCACUAGAUGGCACUGUUUUAUUGGUUAUUAUUAUUUACAAUAUUC